AUGCCGGCCGAAAAGGCCCCCGGACUUGUCACGAGCCACGAAACCGACCGCGACUGGUGGCGCGGCGCGGUGAUCUACCAGAUCUAUCCGCGGUCGUUCCAGGACACCAACAAUGACGGCAUCGGCGAUCUGCGCGGCAUCACGCGCCGGCUGCCCUAUGUCGCCUCGCUCGGUGUCGACGCGAUCUGGGUCUCGCCCUUCUUCAAGUCGCCGAUGGACGAUUUCGGCUACGAUGUCAGCGACUACCGCGCCGUCGAUCCGAUGUUCGGCACGCUCGCCGACUUCGACGCGAUGAUCGCCGAGGCGCACCGGCUCGGCCUCAAGGUGAUGAUCGACCAGGUUCUGUCGCACACCUCGGACCAGCAUCACUGGUUCCGCCACAGCCGCAUGGACAAGACCAACCGCUAUGCGGACUGGUAUGUGUGGGCCGAUCCCAAGGAUGACGGCACGCCGCCCAACAACUGGCUGUCGAUUUUCGGCGGUUCGGCCUGGGAGUGGGACACCAACCGGCGGCAGUAUUAUCUACACAACUUUCUCAAGAGCCAGCCGGACCUCAAUUUCCACAAUCCCGACGUGCAGGAAGCCCUGCUGGCCGAUGUGCGCUUCUGGCUCGAUCGCGGUGUCGACGGCUUCCGGCUGGACACGGUGAAUUUCUACUUUCACUCGACCGGACUUGAGAACAAUCCGCCGCUGGCGCCCGAAUUGCGCAACGCCACUAUCGCGCCGGACGUCAACCCCUACAAUCAUCAGGACCAUCUGUACGACAAGAGCCAGCCGGAGAAUCUCGCCUUCCUGGAACGCUUCCGCGCGCUUCUGGACGAAUAUCCCGCCGCUGCCGCAGUUGGCGAGGUGGGCGAUGCGCAGCGCGGCCUGCAGAUCGUCGCCGACUACACUACCGGCAGCGACCGCAUGCAUAUGUGCUAUUCGUUCGACUUUCUGUCCUCGACCCGGCUGACAGCCGAACGUGUGCGCGAGGUCGUCCAGGAGUUCGAGGAUGCGGCGCCGACAGGCUGGUGCUGCUGGGCGUUUUCGAACCACGAUGUGGUCCGCCACGGCAGCCGGUGGGCCGACCAUGUCGUCGACCGCAACGGCUUUCUGAAGAUGAAUGCCACGCUGAUCCUGACGCUGCGCGGAUCGGUGUGUCUCUACCAGGGCGAGGAACUCGGACUGACCGAGGCGGUGCUCGAUUUCGAGGAUUUGCAGGAUCCUUACGGCAUCCAGUUCUGGCCGACCUUCAAGGGGCGCGACGGCUGCCGCACGCCCAUGGUGUGGAGCCACAACGAGCCCAAUGCCGGCUUUUCGGAGGGCAAGCCCUGGCUGCCGGUGCCCUACGAACACCUGACCAGCACGGCCGACCUGCAGGCGGAGCACGACGACAGCAUUCUGCAGCACUAUCGCCGGAUGCUCGCCUUCCGCGAACGCCAUCAGGUCUUCGCCAAGGGCUCGAUCGCCUUUGCCGAUGCGCCGGACAAUGUGCUGAUGUUCGUACGCGAGCAUCAGGGCACCAGGAUGCUUGUCGUCAUCAACAUGAGCGACCGGCCGCGUUCGGUCGAACUCGACGACAAGGGCUGGCAGGCCGUCGAGAACAGCCCGCACGGCGAUGUGCCGCGCGAGGGCGACACACUCGAAUUGGCGCCCUUUGGCGCGUUUUUCGCGACCAUGGAAGCAUAG